CGAGUCCGCGGGCGAGUGGCUAGGUCUGUGCCGUGAACGGGAGAAUAAACACACUUGGCCGAAGCGGUGAAAGUCUCCCAACUGACGCAGCAGCCCCUAAAGUAACAGCAUCGCGAACGCAAGAUGUCCGUCGCGGGAUUCAAGAAGCAGUUCUACAAAGCCAGCCAGCUGGUGAGUGAGAAAGUUGGAGGUGCUGAGGGAACCAAACUGGAUGAGGACUUUAGAGAUUUGGAGAAGAAAGCAGAUGUCACCAGCAGAGCAGUGGUGGAGGUCAUUUCUAAGACAACAGAAUAUCUCCAGCCCAACCCAGCAUCGAGGGCCAAGCUGACCAUGCUGAACACAGUGUCCAAAAUCCGCGGGCAGGUGAAUAGCCCGGGCUACCCCCAGCCCGAGGGCCUCCUCGGGGAGUGCAUGACCAAGUAUGGACGUGAGAUGGGCGAGGACACAAACUUUGGUGGGGCUUUAGUUGAUGUAGGAGAGUCAAUGAAGAGGUUGGCAGAGGUCAAGGACUCUCUGGAUAUUGAUGUUAAGCAAAACUUUAUCGACCCGCUGCAGGCAGUCGCUGAAAAGGACGUCAAAGACAUCCAGCACCACCUGAAGAAGCUGGAGGGGCGACGUCUGGAUUAUGAUUACAAGAAGAAACGUCAGGGUAAGAUAGCCGAUGAGGAGCUCAGGCAGGCCUUGGAGAAGUUUCACGAAUCCAAGGAGCUGGCCGAGCGCUCCAUGCACAACCUGCUUGAGACGGACGUAGAGCAGGUGUGUCAGCUGUCCUCUCUAGUGGAAUCUCAGCUGCAGUACCACAAGCAAGCUGUACAGAUCUUGGAUGAGCUGAUGGAAAAACUCAAGGAGAGGGUGAACGAAGCCCAGUCUCGUCCAAGGCGUGAAUACACCCCAAAACCCAAAUCCUCCUUUGACUUUGGAGAGGCAGAACACUCCAAUGGAGGAUACACACCUGCCUCAGGCAACCCCCCAGCCUACUCCGCUGCCUCAGAACUAUAUCCUGGUCCGUCAUUCAACAGAACGUCGAUCAAGAGCAGAGCGCCUGAGCCAUGCUGUAAGGCAUUGUAUGACUUUGACCCAGAGAACGAGGGAGAGCUGGGCUUCCAUGAGGGCGACAUCAUCACCUUGACCAAUCAGAUUGAUGAGAACUGGUUUGAGGGGAGCCUUCGAGGCCGAUCAGGGUACUUCCCCAACAACUACGUGGAGGUGGUGGUGCCGCUGUCACACUGAAAUAAGAAAAGGGGGACAGGAGGAUGAAUGGGGUGAUGAUGAUGAUGAUGAUGGCGAUGCUUCCAGCCAGCAUGUUUCUCAAUAGUUAUGUAAGAGGUAUCCUCUUUAUUGUACCUAAACAUAAAACAUCUAUAGACAGGGACUUCAUUUCUUCUGUCUUCUGGCCAUUGAACUGGGGAAAAAAUGAGCCACUAUUGGGAUUCUCUUUUUUUUUUGAGGGAGAAAGGGGGAGUGAAGGGAUUUUCAAUUAGAAAAAGUUUGGCAUAUUUGGAUGCAUAUUGAUUAUACCCCUGGGUCUUCGUGUUCAUUGUCCAUGCACCUGUGCACUUUCUACGCCACACCUCUCACUGGGACUCAUGAAGAAGGGCUAUAAACUAAUCUUUCAUUACAUGCGAUAUGCUGUAUCCAUGUAUAGUAAGAAAAUGCUUCAACCUGAUACUGUUGUUGCAUCCUUUUAUAGACAGGACAUGGCCUAUAUAUUGUCCCUGCUACGCUUAAUCGUAACCCAUUGUUCAUCUUGGUACUACACACAUACAUCCAUGAACAUUGUGCUUCUACACUCCUGCAUUUCCUGCCUUUCCCUUCCUUGCCGCUGUGCCCUGGUAUUGUCAUCAUAGAUGAGUUGGCGUUAAUAUGGAGGACUGGCUUCCUUCUGACUGUUUGCAGCUAUCCUUUGCUGCCAUCUGGUGGUAGUACAUAUCAGUUUUUGGUUAUUUCCUUGGACUGGAGCUUGUUUGAUUUACCCGUCAUCUCGAAUCCAUUGCAUGUCUCUUCUUGUCUUAGUUGCAUGGGGAGAUGCGACACUUGAAGGCUUUAAAAUGCUGUGCAACAGUCUUCUCUCUGCAACCAGUCAGUGGACAAAAAUAAUUGCAUUGGUGACUUUUUUUAUAAUAUCGUUAACUAAUUCUGGUCAGGGACACUAUGAAAUAAUUUCAGGGACACUAAGGAAUAUUUCACAGACACUAAGUUUAUUUUUUAACUGAAAUGUUGUUUUGAGAGGUAGUCGGUGCUGGUUGUAUCAGUGUUUCUGCUUACUGUUGCAAAGACUGAUUCUGAUUUUAGCUCCGGUUCUAUUGCGUUCCACUUUCUUCAACCUUCUGUCUUCGAGCUGAAGAAAAAGAGAUGUUAAAUUGUAUUAGGAGCACAUUUAUUCUAAAAUUGCAUUGGGAGCACAAUGAUGAUCACUGCAAUUUCCAAAUCGUAAAACCCUGCUUUUUGUCAGUUUUCCAUGUGUUUCACACACAUUUCUGUUUCUCCGAAUCCCAUUGAUCCAAACCAGGAUGGUGGGUAGAGGAGCUCAUUGAUAAUAACUACUCUGGUAAACACUAAUUUUGUUCAGUUUUUCAAGUUGUGGAAAAACAAAUGGACAAAUAUGUAGAAAUGGCAUUGUCUUGAUGUAUUACAAUUGAUCUCAGAAAACAAAGUAAAAUGUGAUUUCUGACAUUUUUGUGCAGCAUGAAGCCAAAGCCAUAGAUACACAGCCUUGGAUUCCUCUGUUUUCUCAGCCUUUUUGGACACUGCUGGCAGUGUCACUGAAAUGUUUGUAUAGGCACUCACUCGACUGUUUACUAAUGCUCAUUGUGACUGUGAACACAUUUUCAGUGCUAUUUUGGUAAUCACGCAGACAAAAACACUUUGGUUCUGAUUGUCAUCAUUUACCUCCCCAUGCUGCUCAACCCCAUUAAUUAAGAGCUAGAAAAUUCAUUUGACGUGGAUCGGUUCAUGGCAUUGUACCUGCAUGAAUUCUCAGGCUGAAACUGAGCUGUGGACCUGACGCCGUCUCCCUGCCAUUGUGCACAGACCUCAGUAACUGCCUCUGGUUUCAGUUUCAUCUAAGCCUAUUACAGAGAGACUAAACUGUAGAAGAUUGCGCUGCUCAAAAAAAACAUCGGCUAUCUCCUCCUGUCAUGGUUCCCUUAUUAGACCACCGCCCUCCCCCCGGUCAUCUCUCGGUGUCUCUAUUUGGACUGGAAGUGGAACAGACAGGCCUUUUCAGUGGGGAAAGGGCACACACCGCAGUGGAUUAUGCCUCCACCCUUCUUUAUUCACCACCUGCCCUCUGCAUCCAGCCCCCACCCCACCCCCCCGACCCCGCUCAUUCUCUACCCCAUUGCAAUCCCAGGGUGCCCCCUUUCUGUAUAUCCUCCCUCCCUGGAAACAUCUUCUCAUCGCUAACGUAGUGUGCGACCUGGUUGUAAUGACUGCAUGUCUUGAGUCUUAUUCUUGUUAGUUGAGGGGUCACAGGGUUCGACUGUACUCUGUAAAUGACUGAUGUGGUGAUCAGGUGUGGGUUAACGCCCCUCAUUAGAUUAAAUCAAAGGGCUGUAGUUUUGAAAGGGGGUGUGUGCGAGGGUAUGGGGCUCAGGUUGGGCUAUUACACACCUCAUAUAACAUUGAUGAUGGAUGAUGUCAAGUAACAAAGGGCUACGAUCAAUUCUUUUAGUGCCGCUGCCACAGCAGAAAUAGAUAUCUUACUGCUGUGGCAGUAUAAACUAUUAAGUCAUUUUUACACUACAUUGUAUGGUGGGGUCUGUUUUAUUUUACUUUUUACACCAGUGUCUCAUAAAUCUUGUUUCCUCAAAUGAAGUAUUAUCAACCUAUAAAGCUUUAUUUUAAUAUGCAGAAUCUAAAUUGAAUUUUCAAUGUAAAGACAUUACUGCUAUGCAUGUGUUUUCCUUAUGGCCUCGUUCUUUGUCUUAAGCAAUGCCUUGUUAUUGUAACUGUGACACUCUGGGGAGACUAACGUUGGAUUAUCCUGGAUUAUCUUUAGGGUAUAUGGAUUGUCUCUAUUAUCUCCUGCGUUUAUACAUAAGCUUUAAUGUAUUUUGUAAUUUUUUUCUUACAAUGUAAAGGGUAAAGGAUGCUGUUAAUUUGCUUUUCCAAUAAAUAUGAAGGAAA